CAUUGGUAAAAGUGUGAGCGGCGAUAACAUACAUGCAAGAGUGGAGGCCCACUUUGAGAAAAAUGAGGGCAAUUUUGAUGGGAUUACACAUUACAGAUUCCAUUCUUUUCUCCUAGCCCACAUUCUCUGCUGACUUUUAUUGAAUCUUGAGAAAUGGGGAGGGUGUUUGUGGUGAGUCUUGAAGGGAAGAUCUACAGUUGCAAGUACUGUGGGACCCAUCUUGCUCUCAGUGAGGACAUCGUCUCCAAGUCUUUCCAAAGCAGGCAUGGGAAGGCCUACCUCUUCAACAAGGUAGCAAACGUGACUCUCGGGGAGAAAGAAGAGAGGUUGAUGAUGACUGGAGCUCACACGGUGGCUGAUAUAUACUGCGUCCAGUGUGGUUCGAUCGUUGGGUGGAAAUAUGAAAUGGCUCACGAAAAGAGUCAAAAGUACAAGGAAGGCAAAUCUGUUCUGGAGCGGUUCAAGAUUUCUGGUCCAGACGGAAGCAAUUAUUGGGUGAGCCAUGAGGCACAUGCUGUUGGGGGCAGUGACACCGACGACGUCUGAUUCGAAGUCUUGAUUAGCAUCUGCAGAAUCAAUGGCUCACAAUUGUACAUAUUUUAACCCUCUCCCAAGAUAUUGUGAUUCUUGAAUUGCUGGAAAUUCCUCAUUUUGAAGCUCCACAGCUUUUCCAUGCUUUCAUAUAUUGGUGUCUAAUGUCUUUAUUGUACAUAUUUUACUUGAAACUAUUUCAACAUUUGUUCUGCCUCUCCCCACUCUGGGAAGUAGUUUUUGCUAUUUAUGGCAUGAGACUUUCUAAUUUUA